UUUUCCACCGAAGCUGCCCGAUAAUGUAUCGUGUCGUGUUCCUGUUUGUUUGAGUGUUUUUACGCGUGAAACAGCAUCGCGGGGUGAGUUUACGUAACAGAGGAUUACAUACCGUCCCGAUAAUGUAUUGCGUCACGAAAGUAAUCGUUUCGUUUAUAUUCGUUGGAGUAUUCGGUGUGUAAGCUAGACGCACUUUGAGGUUAUAUUGACAAUCUACGAUGGUCGAGCAACGAGAGAGUUCCAACGCGUCUGGGAUGUUAUGAAAAUUGCUCCGUUUCGAUGCUCGACGUCCAUUAUCGAACGUAUACGCGGUGCAUUCGAGUUGAAAAUAUACUUUUCUAUAUUUUCCGAGUACACCAUUGUGUCGUAAUGGUUACUACAAAACUGCUGAUACUCUGUAACCGAUCGUUUUCUUCGUUGUUUUAAAGAGACUCGCAAACGUUGGUGUUCGUAAUUUUUUUUUAUUCGAGUUACGAAAUGACUGAGGGUGGCGUAACAAGAAUGAAGCGCAAUGGCGCUCGUCUCUUCAGAAACCCUCCUCAGCCCCAUAUGUGCAUACAAGAUUAUAUACAGGGCACUACAGUUCCAUGUUACGUAAAUGUUUUAUCUUGGGAAAAAAUUACAAUGCCAUUGAAGUCUUCUGUACCUGUACCACUUUACGGAGGAAUGAGAGUACGACCGCCGCGUACGAAAGCCGAAGCUGUUGUCUUCGCGGUAAUGACUAAUCCGGGAUAUCUUCAAAUUAAUGGCAAAAAUGCUACAGACCCAAAGAAGCGUUCCUGUUUAAUAGAACUUUUACUAGACUUUGUCGAAACGGUGAACGCAGGAGUGGUUUUUACACGACAGUAUACGAUAUUAAAGGACCGAGAUAUUACCGGCGAACUGAAAGAUGUUUGGAACGCGGUGCAAGCCAGACGAGAUUUGGAGCAACCUCCUCCGCAACAAGAAACUUGGAUCGACGCACAGCCACCUGUCCCUCAGUAUCCUCAGUAUCAAGAUCAUCAACAACAGGAGUAUACGUCGCAACCUCCUCAAUAUCAUACGAGUGUAGCUUUUGGUAGGGCAAUGAACAAUGGAGGUAUGCACUACGAGAGCUACGGUUAUCAAUCUCAGACCCAAGUGAUUCCUCAGAACGAUCAGAUGUACCAAUCUAGAAGAAUUGUACAAAAACAAAACUGUCCCGCCUACCCAGCCAGGGAGUGUCACAUGUUGUUUAGACGAAUGGACACUCUGUAUAGCUCUGUAGAUUCAUACGUACAUCCGAACCCCAGUCUUAAUUACGGUCCACCGGCAAACACGAACAUCAAUCAGAAUAUGAAUACAAACCUAGCAGUACCUUACCAACAGAAUAUCACGUACCAACAACGAAUGGACGAUAAGAUGCACAUGGAUAUGCGCAGGAUGCAACCGCAACAGCAACAAAUACACAUGAAUCAUGUACAGCCUGUACCUCAAUACGAACCAGCGGCGUCGUUCAUCUCCCAAAUGACCUCGUCGAUAUACCUUCAGAAAUUAGGAAGACCGCACUUGGAUUUCGGGCAGAAGAACAACGGAGGCAAGAGACAAGUAAAUUCCCCGACUCAUUCCAAACAAUCUUCCUGUACGAAUUGUCAAAAUAAAGAUAUAUCCGACAACGGUACGAAACCAAAAAGCCCUGUCAAGGUCCUCCAGCGAGAAUUACCAUCGACCAAUCGACAAGACGCGAAUCAUCACGCAUUCACAGAUAAGGUAGCCACGGAAAAAAAUUCCGUUGAAGAAACGAAAAAUGUGCAGGUCACGGAUUUGGACGAAGAGGUUAAAAAGGAUGACGAGUCCGAUGGCGAGCUGCUCGACUCGUCUAGGAAAUCAAAUGAUACUCGUACUUCAGAUCCCCUGUCGACGACUACAGGACAAGACGCGCCGAAUACCUCCGAAGAUGGACAUCCUUCAGAGGAGAAACUGCACGAAACGAAACACACGGAUGUUCCGAACGGUCAGAACUCAUCCGAACAGAAGUAUCCGAAAUCAAAGGCUAUCAUAAUAAAAGGCAACAAGCACAAAGAGAGUACUUCGAAGAAAUGUCUUCAGAACUCUGCCAGGUAUAUGAAGGUUUGGCGAAAAAACGUCAGACAAUCAGAACUCGACUGGACAAAUCACAAGGGUAACGCCAAGACGAACGGCGAGAACGAAGAACCGCAGCAGGGAUACACGAUAUUAAAGAAAUCAGACUCGAUGACACACGAAGAGGUAAUGAGCGAAUUGGCUCAGAUAUCUAUUCAAGACUGCAAAGAAGCGACCGAAGUUAGUCCCGUGCUCUCGUGA